AUGGAGAUGGAGUGGACUAGAGGCAACAUCAUCGGACAAGGCUCAUCCGCCACUGUCUACCUCGCCGUCUCUUCCCGCUCCUCUGAUGUCUCCGCUGUUAAAUCAGCGGAGACAUCUGUCUCAAACUCAAAACAUUUACUAAGAGAACAGAGAAUUUUGUCUUCUUUGUCCUCUCCCUACAUAGUUAGCUACAAAGGAUGCAAUUUCACAAAGGAGAAUUACAAGAAUUGGUUCAACCUCUUCAUGGAGUACAUGCCUUUCGGAAAUCUCUCCGAGGAGACUCGGCGAAACGGUGGCCGGAUUAACGAGCCGACGAUGGCACACUACACAAGACAAAUUGUGGAAGGACUUGAGUACUUGCAUUCAAAAGGCGUUGUGCAUUGUGAUAUCAAAGGUAGUAACAUAUUGGUUGGUGAAAAAGGAGUCAAAAUCGGAGACUUCGGUUGUGCGAAAAUGGUUGAUGAAAUUGCGCCGAUCGCGGGGACUCCAAUGUAUAUGUCGCCGGAAGCCGCGCGAGGCGAAGAACAAGAUUUUCCUUGUGAUGUUUGGUCGCUUGGUUGCACUGUUAUUGAAAUGGCAACUGGUUUUUCACCUUGGUCCAAUGUAGAAGACCCUGUUAAUGUUCUGUUUCGUGUUGCAUAUUGCGAAGAAGUUCCGAUGAUUCCGUGUUUUCUUUCGGAACAAGCAAAGGAUUUCUUGAAAAAGUGUUUUGUAAGGGACUCUAAGGAGAGAUGGAGUUGUAGUCAGUUGUUGAAGCAUCCAUUUCUUGAGAAAAUUCAAGAAUUUGAUUCGUGUUCGCCGACUAGUAUUCUCGAACCGGGCUUUUGGAAUUGCGAAGAGGAUUCGGAAAGUUUUGUUUUUGGUGAUUUGGGUAAGACCAGUUUUGAGAAUUGUCCUGUUGAUAGGAUCAAAAAACUUGCUUUGUGUUCAAGGGAUCCAUGUUGGAAAUUAUGUGAUGAAAAUUGGAUUAUAGCUAGAGGCAAUGAUGCAGAGACUUUAAUUAGUGAUGUUAAUGAUAGAAUUAGUAGUGAUUAUUUUUGUGAGGAUUAUACUAAUUAUAAGAUUAGUGAUGUUAGUUUUGUAGUUAAUAGUUUUGAUUCAACAUUUGAUUUCUUAUAA